AUGGACGGGCUGCCCGGUCGGGCGUUGGGGGCCGCCUGCCUGCUGCUGCUGGCGGCCGGCUGGCUGGGGCCCGAGGCCUGGGGCUCGCCCACGCCCCCGCCGUCGCCCGCCGCGCCGCCGCCGCCCCCGCCGCCCGGAGCCCCGGGCGGCUCGCAGGACACCUGUGCGUCGUGCGGCGGCUUCCGGCGGCCCGAGGAGCUGGGCCGGAUGGACGGCGACUUCCUGGAGGCGGUGAAGCGGCACAUCUUGAACCGCCUGCAGUUGCGGGGCCGGCCCAACAUCACGCACGCCGUGCCCAAGGCCGCCAUGGUCACGGCCCUGCGAAAGCUGCACGCGGGCAAGGUGCGCGAGGACGGGCGCGUGGAGAUUCCGCACCUCGACGGCCAUGCCAGCCCGGGCGCCGACGGCCAGGAGCGCGUCUCGGAAAUUAUCAGCUUUGCCGAGGCAGAUGGCCUCGCCUCCUCCAGGGUCCGCCUGUCCUUCUUCGUCUCCAACGAAGGCAACCAGAACCUGUUUGUGGUCCAGGCCAGCCUGUGGCUGUACCUGAAGCUGCUGCCCUACGUGUUGGAGAAGGGCAGCCGGCGGAAGGUGCGGGUCAAGGUGUACUUCCAGGAGCAGGGCCACGGCGACAGGUGGAACGUGGUGGAGAAGAAGGUGGACCUGAAACGCAGCGGCUGGCACACCUUCCCGCUCACCGACGCCAUCCAGGCCUUGUUCGAGCGCGGCGAGCGGCGGCUCAACCUGGACGUGCAGUGCGACAGCUGCGGGGAGCUGGCUGUGGCGCCAGUGUUCGUGGACCCCGGCGAGGAGUCGCACCGGCCCUUUGUGGUGGUGCAGGCUCGGCUGGGGGACAGCCGGCACCGCAUUCGCAAGCGAGGCCUGGAGUGCGACGGGCGGACCAACCUCUGUUGCAGGCAACAGUUCUUCAUCGACUUCCGGCUCAUCGGCUGGCACGAUUGGAUCAUUGCGCCCACCGGCUACUACGGCAACUACUGCGAGGGCAGCUGCCCGGCCUACCUGGCGGGGGUCCCCGGCUCCGCCUCCUCCUUCCACACGGCCGUGGUGAACCAAUACCGCAUGCGGGGCCUGAACCCCGGCCCGGUGAACUCCUGCUGCAUCCCCACCAAGCUGAGCUCCAUGUCCAUGCUGUACUUCGACGACGAGUACAACAUCGUGAAGCGGGACGUGCCCAACAUGAUCGUGGAGGAGUGCGGCUGCGCCUGACGCUGGCGCUGGGGGCGCGGAGGAUGGCCCCGGCGGGGUGGGGGUGGGGGGUUGCACGCCAGGCUGAGCCUUGGGCGCUGAGGCCUGAAAGCUUUCCCUUGGUGCUUCGCAAAGUGAGCACUCACAAGCCGGGGGAGGCGGGGGAAGACCCCUGGACUGACUCUAGAGACUUGAGAAUGCGCACGUAGGCCGCGCACAGCCCCACGCCGCCUCCUGCCAGCCGCGAGGCGGCCUCUGGCAUCCCAGCCGAUGGAUGCGGUGACGAGCGGCCGCUCAGCGCCCAUGCCUCUCGCUUGGAAGGAAUGGGGCACGCAGCCACCAUCCCCACCAGCUGGCCCGGCCACUCUGUAUCACGCCUUCCGAGCAUACGUAAAAGCACAAAGAGACACUAAGAGAGAGAGAGAGGGCUGGGGGGCGGGCGCAGAGUGGAGGAGCAGGUGCGGGGUGGGAGCGUGCUUGGGGGCAGGCAGGGGGCUGCGUGGCCCCCUGGGCUCAUUCCAGGCCAGGCCUGCUCUGCAGCGGCGGCUGCUUCCUCCCUGCCUGGCAUUGGCCGUGCUGCGAGACCAGGGGGCGCCUGUCCCGAGGUGCCCUUGCAGUGGGAGAAAGUUCCAGAAAGGACACAGCAACCUGUCAGAGACCGUGGAGCAGAGCCGGCGACUGUUUGAGCGCUCGUCGCUUGGGUCCCUGCCGUGACAUGUGUGUGUCUGUGUUUUUGGGGUGGGGAGGGAGGGAGAGGCGAGGGGGUCUUAAUUUGAUGCUUUAAUUGAACUCCAGCGAGCUGACAGGUCAUUUGUGCCACUUGUGUAACCGAAAAGGGGACUUUUCCACUAGUUAAUGACCUUUUAAGUUAAAAAAAAAAUCUGAAUUGUUCUAGAUGCGAAGACAAAAAGUUGCAAUCUAUUGGCCUCCGCUGGGGACCUUCCUCCGGGGCUGGUUCGGGGAGGGGAGAGGCGUGGUGGUGGGGUCUCGCGCCCCCCUCCCCUCCUGCUUAGCAGGUCUUGGGGAGACGGGGAGGAUCUUGUAGCUGCUUUGCAGAAGUUGCUCACGUGGGUCACGGCCCCCAGGGCCGACCGUGGACCCUGCCCACUCGCCUGCCCGCCCGCCCGAGCGCACACAUGAUAUAGCACUUGCCGAUUCUGCGUGUGUCCAGAAGUGGCCCUUGGCCGGGCAGUGAGUGCGCUCGCCCUCCCCAUGGCCAAGUGCCACGUGAACUAUGCAAUUUAAAGGGUUGACCCACACUAGACGAAACUGGACUUGUACGACUCUUUUUAUAUUUUUUAUACUUGAAAUGAAAUCCUUUGCUUCUUUUUUAAGCGAAUGAUUGCUUUUAAUGUUUGCACUGAUUUAGUUGCAUGAUUAGAAACUGCCAUUUGAAAAAAGAAGUUAUUUUUAUAGCAGCAAAAAAAAUGAAUACAGUUAAAUGUAUUAUACAUAAUUUUGGAACCAAAGAGGCCAAGAGAUCUGAUUUAAUUUUUAUUAGAUGGUGAGGCCGUCUUCGAUGAGGUAGAUGCGACCAUCGCUUACGUGGCCUGCCAAUGUUUCAGGGUAUAAAUGGAUCUUGUUUAUUCAGUUCGAUGUGUCUCUUCUAUCCUUACACACCCAGAAGGUAGAGGAAAGAACGAAGACAGUAGAAGGCAGGUGUGUAUCCUUACGUCCCCAUCUUUAUGUUUAUUUAAUAAAGCUCCCCUUAGGUUCUGUCUCAAAAUAAUUUAAAACCAAACAAUUUGCCCGUAGACUUGCUGUUAAAGUAUUUUACGUCUGUGUACAGUUGAAGAAAAUAAAAGUGGAGUGC